AUGCCGGUGGAUCCUGAGGCGGAGACAGUCCCGGGCCUCCCUGGAUUCCCCGCCGAGUCUGCCAUGGCCCCUGGCCGUGCGCCGGCCGAGCCAGCAGCGGUCCCCGUGCCGCCGCCGGUCUUUGGGGCCUUCCUGAACACCGCUGCUCUGCCCUCGUCCAGCUCGUCGUCGUCGUCGUCGGCGGCGCCUGGCUCCCCUCUGUCACCGGCGCCUCCGACUUCGCCUGGCGCCCCGCACUGUAGCGGCGACGCGGAAGGCAGCGAGGGGCCUCUCAGCUCCCUGCUGGCGGCGGCAGCUGCGCGCACUUCGCCCUCGCACCCUGGCGUCUGCAACUCGGCCUACUCGCCGGCGCUCCUGGCUGCGGUCGGCCUCCUACCGGCAGAGACCUUGGCAGGCUGGCUCGCCCAUGCAUCCAUGGGCCCGCCCUUCGCAGGCCUGGUGCAAGAGCUCGCGGGUGCAUCGGCGGUGCCCUCCUCGGAUCUCGUCUUUGCUCUGCAGUCCUUGGCUGCCGCCGCGCCCGGGCACGCAGCGCCUGCGGCCUUGGCGGCCGCUGCCCUCUGCGGGCGGCUGGGGCGCCCCGUGGGCCUUGCGGAGGCGGUCCACACCCUCCUGCUCGGGGCCAACUACCUGGACCCCUUGGUCGCCGAGGCCUUGGUGGCGGUGUACGGGGGCUCCGCACUGGGUGCCGCUGCCGCCCUCCGUGCCGCAAGCCUGCGCUGGGCUGCGGGCGCAACGGGCGGUAGCUCGGGCGGUCUGCGGGGGCCAGCCCGGGCCUGGCACCAGCGUCGCAGCGGCCCGCCCUCGUCGUCCGCCUCCUUGCCGGCGGCGCUGGCGCAGCGCCAGCCCCAGCAGCUCCCCGCGCCUUCCGGCUCUUCGCGGCGCUCGCGGCGCUACACCGGCGCUGACCCGGGUAGCGCCCGCUUCCGCCGCGGGCUCCCUGCGCGUGCUGACGGGCGCGCGCUCACGGAGCAAGAGGUCCUUCAGCUGGCUGCCGCCUGCGGGCUCUACACCGACUCCCGCCAGGCAUUCUGGCUCUUUGGCACCAACGGGGCCCGGAUCGGCUUGGCGCUCCGUCCGCUCGACGGCGGCGGGGUGAUCAACUUUUGGCUCCUGCAAGCCAAAGUGACCGUCGCCGGCAACCCGGAUGUCCGCGAGCGGCUCCUCGAAGCAGUGCUUGCGUGGACCGUCCCCUGGGCUGGGAACCAGCCGCGGCCCCACGCCGCGGCGGCGCCUCCGCCCGCGCCCGGCGCUCUGGGCGCGCCGCCCGCGCUGGCCCUCCACGCUCCUGCUGCCGCCACGGGCCUGCUCCUCCUGCCGCUCCAGGAGCGCAGAGCGCGGCCGCCGGCCCCGGGGCUAGCGCCCCCGGGACUUGCCGCCGCGGGCCCGAUGUCGGGGACGAAGGGCGCCCACCCUGCGGCUCUGGAGAUGGGCCGCCCCGUGGCCUCGGUGGCAGUGCGGCACGGCGCUGCCACGGACGGCACGCAGAUGGAGAUAUGGCGAGCUGGGCGGCAGGGGGCGGGGCACACGGGGUUGCCGGCCAAAAAGGACGCAACGAGCUCCGCUUCCACCAGCGCGCAGGCCACCACGUCCGAGCCGGCGAAGUCGUUCAUGGAAGCUGCCGCGGGGUGGUUCGGGUCGCCGCCGAAGGAGCAGCAGCAGCCGCAGAAGCAGAAGAUGCGGGGGAAGAGAAGCAGCAGCUCCAGCAGCUCUGUCGAUUCCUCCGAG